UAAGAAAGCAAGCACACACAAGGCUCUCCUCCUCUUCAUCUCUGCUCUGUACCGACCUUGGUUUGAGAUCUGAGGCACCUCCAGUAAUGGCGUCCUUGAGUUCUUGCGUGGUUUCUUCCCUUAAAAUCCCCACACCCUCUCAAACCCACAUGCUUUUGGGUUCUAAGCUCCCACAAUCGCAGUCCUUCUCUGCUCAAACACUCAGAUCAUCAUCAUCAUCAUCAUCCCGCCGAAUUACCCCCAACAAAUUCACCACCACAGCACUCCUCUCCAACAAAAUCCAAUCCAGCUCGGAGCCUGCAAAAUCCACAAAAGUUCAACAACUGUUCGUGUACGAGAUAAACGAGCGGGACAGGGGAAGCCCAGCAUUCCUAAAGCUGAGCAAGAGGGAGGAGAACGCACUGGGGGACCUUGUCCCAUUCAGCAACAAGCUCUACACCGGCGACCUCCAGAAGCGCAUUGGCAUAACCGCCGGCCUCUGCAUCCUCAUCCAGCACGUUCCCGAGAAGAAAGGCGACCGCUACGAGGCCGUCUACAGCUUCUACUUUGGCGAUUACGGGCACAUGACGGUGCAGGGCGCUUACCUGACCUAUCAAGACACCCUGUUGGCCGUCACCGGGGGAAGUGGAAUUUUUGAGGGCGUGUCCGGGCAGGUCAAGUUGCAUCAGAUCAUCUUUCCUUAUAAGCUGUUUUACACCUUUUAUUUGAAUGGGAUUGAGGAUUUGCCGGCGGAGUUGAGGGGGAAGCCUGUUGCGCCCUCCGUCACCGUCGAGCCUGUGCCUGCGGCUAAGGCCUGUGACCCUUCCGCCACCAUUCCUAACUAUACCGAUUGAGGGUUUUAGUUUAAUUGAAAUGAAGUUGGUGUUUUGUAAUCGAAGAA